GUCUACUUUGGGACCGGUCCGAGAUGUGGGGUGGACAAAUCCAAAGUUAGCGUGACAAAGUUCGCAAGUAUAUCUCUCCACUCUGCCCCUCUUAGAUCGGACCCUUGUUGCAUCAGAUCCAUCACCAUUUUUACAAAGUCUUCCAUCGAAGCUAUGAAGACUAUUCAGGAAUUGCUGGCCGAGAAGCCUAAUAAUGAUGAUACCCAGCCAGUUCAGUAUGUUGGAACAGUAGAAGCAUAUGAUAAGUGGGCAGAGGUCUACGAUACAGAUGGAAAUUUUCUCCAGCGCCUCGACACGAUCGAGAUGCGCGCACUUCUGCCUCAAUUCCUGCACCGUGUGUAUUCCCGUUUCCAGGCCUCGGGGCAAUUGACACUGUUGGACGUGGGAUGUGGUACCGGGCGGAAUACGAUCCAGCUACUCGAAGCACUGGCACAGUAUCAAAAGGAUACUACCUCCAUGGCCAAAGUUGAUAUCGUCGGUCUUGAUGCGUCCCCAGGUAUGUUGGAGGUAGCACGAUCUGCCAUCCACUCAGCCACCCGGCGAGAAGAUCUUAAGAAGAGCCCCGAGGUCUCUCUAGACACUAUCGAUCUACGUCAGCCGGCCACUGUGCGGGCGAAUCUACCUCCAUCUCUACAAAACUCCGGUGCAGCGGGUGUGAUUUCCACGCUUGUACUAGAGCACAUUCCAACAAAGGAGUUCUUUGAAGCCGUGUCUGCCACGAUGCGCCCCGGCGGGUAUCUACUAGUCACCAAUAUGCACGCAAAUAUGGGAAUGCGCAGUCAGGCUGGCUUCACGGAUCCACAGACAGGGGUCAAGAUCCGGCCGACCAGCUAUUGCCACUCCGUCUCAGAGGUGCUGGCAGCAGCCGAGCAGGCCGGGUUCCAGGUGGAGGAUAUAGUUGGCGAGGAGGGCCAGAACGGGGUCCUGGAACGGGAUCUGGAUGAGCAGUUGGCCGAAAAAUUAGGUGCGCGGGCCAAGAAGUGGAUUGGUAUCAGGGUGUGGUUUGGGAUAUGUUUCAGCAAGAAAGAAUGAAUGUAAUUAAAGAUGGAAGCACCCCUCGAAUAGUGAGGUGAUCAGGGGGGAGAAUAUGAUUUCAGUCACUUUUGGUCGCUCAAUAAUACAAGUCUAGAAGAAUCCCAGAAGUCUUUCCCGGUGUUGUACAAGAUUGGUGUGCUGUUUGAGCAGCUGUGCCAAUCGGUUAUGUUUCCAUCCCAUCCCCUCGUCCAGAAUUAGAUGCGUGUAGGCGAAUACGGUGGCAUCGAACAGGCCAGGGUUCGGCCGGCCGAAGAAGUGCUCGUCCUCGGCGAGUAGGGUUGAUAGCGCCUCGAAUGCAUUCUGUGCAUCUCCCUCUAGGGCAGCCACGUCGAUAUACGGAGAGAGCUUGAGGAGCUCGUCACGCGCCGCUUGUUGCAGCUGGAAUCCAAGGGCUGCCCGAACGAGGGAGGAGGUUGUUGAGGGGUUGACGUAGAGUCGUUGCGCCACGGCCUUGAAAUUGUCGUC